AUGCCUCUUGCCGAGCACGAUGGUCGUACCCCAUUUUCCGUCCUCAGCGUAUCAGAGGACGAGAUCCAGAUCAUUCCGAGUGCUAGCCGCGUUGGCUUGGCAAGAAUAGCAAAGAUCGGUGCACAGUUUUUGAAAGCCUGCAAGAAUGAAAUCGUUCGUCUGAAUAUUGACCCUCGUGCAGCUACGGUUCUCUGCGAGAAUACCUGUGCGGGAGUUCGCUUAUGCUACUCUCGCGCGCGUGACAUCACCAACGUGGAUCGAGAUAUCAGGAAGGAAAUAGUAGCCGCCGCUGAAAAGUACUUCGCUAUGUGGGAGACAGUCCACCCGGAAACUGCAUUGGCGUACAACCUCAACAGCACCCGGAUUGCGGAAGCUAUGAAAAAAUGUGGGGCAGCCCGGUUGAUACCUGCGGACGAGAAACACUUUCUUGGUGUUAUACUCUGGAUAAAGAACUUCGUCAUAGGAUGAAGCAGCAGCGUUUCACAUCGUUGGACAGCGAUCAACAAGGCAGCAAUAGAAACUGCU